GGGGGCCCGGCGUCUCCGCGGCUGCCGGGGCCGUCCCGGGGCGCCGCUCCCGCCGCGAGCCGCCAGCGCCGUGGGGGCUCCAAGGCGUGGCUGGAGGUGGACCGGGCCUUCCUGCGCUCGCCGCGGGGCUCGAUGAAGAUCUCCCGCACGCUGGUGGCGCUGGGCUCCCUCAUCUGCUUCAUAGCCUCGGGCUCGCACGAGGCCUACGUGACGGUGGCCGGCAUGGAGACGGGGAUCACCGUCCUCUUCCUGCUGGUCUACCUGCUGAGGCUCGACGUGCGUGUUCGGUGCUUCUACUGGCCGCUGACUGAUGUUUUGAACUCGGUGAUUGCAGCGUUGUUCCUUCUCCUUAUGUCCUUGUUUGGACUAAGAAUCGAGACCAACAAAGGGACAUUGGCUGGAGUAGUGUUGGGUCUUGUAUUGCUUGUUCUCUGCCUUGUCGACGUCAUUCUUCUUUGCAAGAAGAUUAGCCUUGAUAAAGCAAGAGGAAGGAGUGCUUCUGCCAAAUAAGAUAGACACGUUAGUGAAAGAAUGAGUUCUCCAUUCUGUUUCCCCAUUCUCUUUUAAAGAAUUUGUAUUUUCACUUACUCAUUUUUGACUUUCUUGUGCACUGAUGUUUGUGCAAGUUACAUUCAUAAGGUUUUGUACUGUUCCAAAUGCAGUUUCAGCGUUGCAAUUUCACCAGUUAAAGCUUCAGAGAAAAUUGUCAUGUUUUCUCUAAACUACGUUUUUACUGUUGAAAAUUAUUUUCAUGGUUGUCUUCUUUCUCUAAUAAAAGAAAAUACA